CUAUUGAUCUACAACGACCAUGUACGACGACGAAGAGGCAAACGUGAUGCUGCCCUAUGACGAUCCUACCUCGCCUGUCCCAGUCACGGACGAAAUGGUCAAAGAAGCGGAUGCUCUCGAGGGCAUUGGGAGCUUGCGGGACAGGCUCGCGCCGCCGACCAAGGUGUACCGAGUAGAGAACUCGAAGACUAUUAGGGGCAAUUUGGGGAAGUUGAAAGGUAUUAGUGGAGGCGAGGAGCCAGAGCCAGAGGAGGAUGAGAUGGACUUGGAACUUGGACAUAGACCCAAUGCUCUCCUCCUGCAAGGCGAACCCAUCGCGCACCUGCCUACGGACCAAGUCUUCGCCUAUGUCGCCACUUACGCCCCGACGCCUACAGGCCUGGAAUGGGUAGACGACACGACCUGCGUCGUCCUCUUCAGUUCUGGGACUGUGGCUCGUGGAGCGCAUCGGUUCCUGUUGGUUGACCCGCCUGCAGAGGGGGAGGCGUUCUCCGAUCCGCUCGAGCUGCAGAAGGCACAGCCCGUUCCUAAAGCUGCGUGGCCGGAGAAAGCGCGUGCUGAGGGGGCGGAGGAAAUACGCGCUGCUCUCCGUGGGGUUGUAUUCGUCCGCCAGGCGAAGAUCGCAGAUAUCAAGCAGCGCGGUGCGCGUGGGCAGUCGAGGUUCUACUCCACAUACGGGACGCAGGCGGGUAAGGAGGGUUAUGGGCGAAAACGGCGGCGGGAGGAAGAGGACGAAGGGGAAAUGAGCGCUGAGAAACGGCGUGCGCUGGAUGAGGAACUCGACGCUUACCUGAGGGACGAGUCGAGCGAGAAGCAGAAGAGGAAAAAGGCGGAGAUGGACGACCAGCUCGAUGCGUAUCUUGCUGGUGAUGAUGCGGGCCUGGUGAAUGGGCAUAGGGGGGAGAAUGGAGAGUAUAGGCAGGGGCGGAGGAUGCCUAGGCCUAGGAGGGAGCGUGAGUCCACAAGAGAAGAUCAGGCCGCUCGAAGGCAGCAUGCACUCGACGCCCAGCUCGACGCGUACAACGAAGUGGACGACGUGGAUACCAUCCCUUCGAAGAUGCGAUCAGACUGGACGGAAGAGGCGCGGGCGCGCGAGUUCUCCCCUGAGCGCCGAGGUGGGCUGGGCGGGCGUCGAAGCAGGGAAGAGAAGAGGUACGAGGAUGCGCCUGUUGCAAUGCCGAUGCGGGAGGAAGAGAGACGGGGCAAGAAUGAGGAGUUGGAGGAGGAGGAAGGAGGAGGGAGAAGGCGUCGUGGUAGGAGAGGUGGAAGAGGCCCUCGUGAGAUGAGGAAUGGAGAUGUUCCUCAGCGCUCGAAUGGCCGCCCAAGAAAAGAAUUGAGCGAGCUUGAUGCUGAGCUCGAGGCCUACCUUAAUAACACGAUUUAAUCCUGUUAUUUACCAUUGUAUUCAUUGUUGCAACAUUAUACAACACUCAACUCCCUCCUCUUUCCUGUUGUCAUUGUA